GGAGGAGCCGAUUCCGUCCAGCAAAGGCGCGGGGAUCCACAACGACGGUUGUCCCCAAAGAACCCCUGAGAUUGGGAAUUGAAGUGAAAGAGAAUCCAGAUUUUCUGUGUGUGAUCGAGGGGACGGACAAACUUCUUGUCUUCAGGCGAGGGAGACGCUCCAAGUGUUGAGGUGUUUCCUGCUUCUUUGAAGAUGGCCCCGAAACAGCAGCCUCGUAGGCAGAGCAUCACUGUGAGCAGAGGAGCCAGGAAGAGAGAUGAAGAUGCAGGGACCGAAGUGGGAGAAGGGACAGAUGAAUGGGCCCAGUCCAAAGCCACAGUUAGACCACCUGACCAACUGGAGUUGACUGAUGCGGAGCUAAAGGAGGAGUUCACCCGAAUUCUGACAGCCAACAACCCACAUGCACCCCAGAACAUUGUGAGGUACAGCUUUAAAGAAGGCACAUAUAAGCUUAUUGGCUUUGUGAACCAAAUGGCUGUUCACUACAGCCAGGUCGGGAACCUGAUCCCCAAAGACUCGGAUGAAGGACGGCGGCAGCACUACCGCGAUGGGUUAAUGGCAGGUUCUCAGGAGUCUGCGAAGGUGAUAGCUUCAGAAACAGAAUUACUUGAAGAAGAAGGGCCCAAGGAAGCAGAAGCUGAAGCUGGGAGUCAAACAGAUGUGCCUGCAGCUGAGGCAGCUGAAAAAGUGACUGAAGAAGAAUUGAUAACUCCUAAGCAGCCCGAAGAGCGAAAGCUCACCAACCAAUUCAACUUCAGUGAGAGGGCCUCGCAGACCUUCAACAACCCUCUCCGGGACCGAGAAUGCCAGAUGGAGCCUCCUCCCAGGGCAAACUUUUCAGCUACAGCCAAUCAGUGGGAGAUCUACGAUGCCUAUGUAGAGGAGCUCGAGAAGCAGGAAAAGACCAAAGAGAAGGAGAAGACAAAGACCCCAGUGGCUAAAAAAAUGGGGAAGAUGGCCAUGAGGAAGAUGACAUCUGUGGAGUCCCAGAGUGAUGAUAUCACCAAAGUGACCCAAGCUGCUAAAAUUGUAGAGCGGAUGGUCAACCAGAAUACAUAUGAUGACAUUGCUCAAGAUUUUAAGUACUAUGAGGAUGCUGCUGACGAGUACCGGGAGCAGGAGGGUACGCUGCUGCCCCUCUGGAAGUUCCAAAACGACAAAGCCAAGCGCCUGGCCGUCACUGCCCUCUGCUGGAAUCCAAAGUACAAGGAUCUGUUUGCAGUGGGACAUGGCUCCUAUGACUUCGUGAAGCAGAGCCGGGGCAUGCUGCUGUUCUACAGCAUGAAGAACCCCAGCUUUCCUGAGUACAUCUUCAGCAGCGACAGCGGCAUCAUGUGUCUCGACAUACAUGUGGACCACCCCUACCUGGUGGUGGUGGGCCAUUACGACGGCAACGUGGCCAUUUACAACCUCAAGAAGCCGCAGUCCCAGCCUGCCUUCCGCAGCUCAGCCAAGUCUGGGAAGCACACGGACCCUGUGUGGCAGGUCAAGUGGCAAAAGGAUGAUAUGGACAACAACCUUAACUUCUUCUCUGUGUCAUCUGAUGGCAGGAUCGUGUCUUGGACACUUGUGAAGAGCGAGUUGGUUCACACAGAUGUCAUCAAGCUGAAGGUGGAGGGCAGCACCAAGGAAGGUCAAGAUGGCCUACAGCUGCACACAGUGGGCUGUGGCACUGCCUUUGACUUCCACAAAGAAAUCGACGACAUGUUUCUAGUGGGCACAGAGGAGGGAAAAAUCUACAAGUGCUCCAAAUCCUACUCCAGCCAAUUCCUCGACACCUAUGAUGCCCACAACAUGGCAGUGGAUGCUGUGUCCUGGAACCCUUACCACACCAAGGUCUUCAUGUCCUGCAGCUCUGACUGGACAGUGAAGAUCUGGGACCACACCAUCAAGACCCCAAUGUUCAUCUAUGACCUAAAUUCAGCCGUAGGCGAUGUGGCCUGGGCACCAUACUCUUCUACUGUGUUUGCAGCUGUCACCACCAAUGGGAAGACCCACGUGUUUGACCUGUCCAUCAACAAGUACGAGGCCAUCUGCAACCAGCCCGUGGUGGCCAGAAAGAAGAACAAGAUCACCCAUGUGCAGUUCAAUCCCAUCCACCCCAUCAUCAUUGUGGGUGAUGACCGUGGGCAUGUCACUUGCCUCAAACUCUCGCCCAACUUGCGAAAGAUGCCAAAGGAGAAGAAGGGGCAGGACGUGCAGAAGGGUCCAGCUGUGGAGAUCGCAAAACUGGACAAACUGCUGAACCUGAACAGGUGGGCAUGGUGUAACCCUGCCCACCAAGCUUCCAGCCCUCCAAAGCACUCUGCGAGUGGGUAGGGCCAAGGUUGCCGGAGGCCUCAGAGGACAGAGAUUGUGACCAGCUUCAUUCAGUGUGGCCUGGGCACCUCCCCCCCUCAGGACUCCAGCCAGCCAGGCAGCCCAGGAGACCUCCAGAGGCGCCAGCUCACACAGAGGGAACUUUGUGGAAGCCCUGGCAGGCAUGUGUGGGUCUGUGUAUCCCAGGCUAAGUACCUACGUGCGUCUCUCUCUGUGGGACUCUCUCUCCAGGUCAGGUGUGUGUCUGUCUCUUAUUCUGUCUCUCCGUUCCCUUUCCUGGACGUGUGCCUCUGCCUCUGUAUACCCACCUGUGUUUGUGUAGCUGUCUGUCCCUGUGUGUGUCCCCAUCUCUGAGUGUCUGGGCGUCUCUUGUGUGUCUCUCUCUACCAGUCUGUCUCUUUGUGUAUCUCUGUAUCCAUCUCUGCGUCUUACUCCCUGUCUCUGUGUGUAUGGGUCUCUAGUGUCUCUCCUUUUCUCUUUCUUCAUAGCUGUGUGUCCCUCUGUCCCUGUGGACAUGUCUCUCUCCCCUUCUCCGUGGGGGUCUGUCUCUGUCGUUCUCUGCGUCUCUUUUGUGUUUCUGUCUUUGUGUCUGUCUUUCAGCCCGGCGACUGUGUCUCUGUGGAUCUAUGUGUCUUUAUCUCCAUCUCUGGGUCUCGGUUCCCAGUCCCCCGUGCCUGUGGGGGUAGG